AUGCACUUUAUCUCUGUGUGCCUUUUCUCAAAAAUUUUUUAACCAGCUGAUGACAGGCUGAUUCUGGAAUUCUCUAACAAAACUCCUUUGGUUGAUUGCAUUAUCAAAAUCGUCUGCUGUUUUCUUUUGGAAAAUGUUCAUUUCCACUUAAACUGUGAAUUAUGUAUUGUGUACAUACAGAACUCUAAAACUUUCCCAAGCACUUUAAUUCAUCAUGCCAGUGGGAAACUUUAGCUUUGUAAAGGAUUUCAUCAUAGUUGGCUUUCCUGGACUUCAGCCUUAUUACUAUGGCCUUGUAUCAGCACUUCUGUUUUUUGUUUAUGUGUUUACAAUGGUUGGGAAUGCUGUAUUUUUUACUUUGUUUGUAUUGACUAAGAGCUUUCAGAAACCUGUUUAUUAUUGCAUUAUAAAUCUUGUUGUGUGUGAUGUAUUAUUCAGCACCACGACAUUACCAAAGAUAAUUAGCAGGUAUUGGUUCCAAGAUGGAACCAUUUCAUUCUUGGGCUGUUUUCUUCAGAUGUUUUUUGUGCACUAUUUUGGCUCGGUCACUGCACGUUUGUUGGCAGUAAUGGCUAUAGAUCGCUAUGCAGCAAUCUGUUUUCCACUUAGAUAUCAUAGUAUCAUGACAAACAGAAAUGUAUUCAUUUUGAUCCUGGGCUCUUGGAUGUUGGGUUUGAUAGGCCCUUUGAUGAUGAUCAUUCGAGCUUACCCUCUCCCUUAUUGUGCGAGUAACGCCAUUGUGCACUGUUACUGUGAUCAUAUUGCCAUCACAACACUGGCAUGCACAGAUAGAGAAGAAUAUAGUUAUCCAGCAUUCAUUCAUGCUAUGAUAGUACUACUGGGUUCUCUUGCUGUUAUUGUUUUCUCUUACUGCGCCAUCAUUGUGGCAGUUUUGCGUAUAUCGAGCGUUCAAGGAAGGAUGAAGACUUUCUCCACCUGCAGUCCUCAGCUCAUCAUAAUUGCCCUUUUUUUCCUACCCAGGUGUUUUAAUUAUUUAUCAAGCAAUAUUAAUAUAAAGUUCAGUACUGAUUUGCGAUUAGUCAUUAUUAUGAUGUAUAGUCUUCUACCACCCAUGAUCAACCCCCUUAUUUAUUGUUUGAGAACAGAAGAGGUAAAGAAGGCAGUAUUUAUUGAAAGGGCAAUCCACAAUCAAAGUCCAAAACAAAAAAAGGUAAAAACACAGAGUAAACAGUCCAAACAGUCAAAGGGGCACCCAACACAGGAGAAUGGGCAGAAAGUCAAAACCACGAACAUGAGAAGCAAAAGACAGCACACUCAUAAAUGCAGUGCAUAAAUGCAGGGGGGGGGAGGAGGGGGGUUGGUUGUGGUUGUGGGUCUCCCUCCAUAGAAAUCGCAUUCCGGGCCUCCCUGGCCCCAACCCCCUCCCACAGUUUUGUCUUGAGAUCAUUAACGGCUUACACUUGAAAACAGCUGGGUUAAUAUAUAAUUAGAUUAAUAAGUGUAGAUAGAAUUACUGUCAUAUAUUUAUAUAUAUAUAUAUAUAUAUAUAUAUAUAUAUAUAUAUAUGAAGAGUUCAGAUGCAAAAGCCUCUAAGU